AUGGCCCCCCGAUUCAAGGACGGAGAUGCCGUGGUUGCCAUCAACGGCAAAUGGAUUUCAUGGACUCACACUUUCUUCGCGUAUGCCGCCUUCUUCAGCGCAUUGGUAGUCGGCUGUGCGUUGCACUACCACAAGAUCGUCCAGAAUGAGCACUACGGCUACCCAGACGAGUGGUUUCCCUCCGUCUCCGCGACAAUUGGCGAUCGCUACCCCGAGCGAUCCUUCUUCCAGGUCUUCAUCGCCAUUACUUCCGGUCCUCGCUUCGCUCUCGUCUUCCUAUGGUAUAUCCUCACCGCGCGUCCGAACUCGACUCUCCCCAAGAUCGUUGCCGGUGUAGGCGUCUUCCGCACCUUGGCAUGCGGUGGAUGGACUUAUGUUACCUCCACCGAUGACCAUGACUGGCAUGAUAUCUUCAUGAUCUCCUACCUUGUUGCGACCUUGCCGUGGACGCUGGGCUGCCUUGCGCUCAGCCCCAACAACCGCCGUGCGGUUAAGUACCGCAAGAUCAUGGCUGGUCUGUUCUUUGGAACUCUGGUGCCAUUGAUCUACUACUUUAUUCAGCAUAAGGUCCACAAGGUGCCCGGAGCUUACACCCGGUACGCCUUCUUUGAGUGGUCCUUGAUUUUGUUCGAUGUAGGCUUUGAUGCGAUCACGGUACUCGACUUUGAGGGAUUCGAAAUCGUGGUGCGGGAUAUCAAGGGCAUCAGCAGAGGGCAGUUGAAGACGACUGCGGACACAGUCCUUGAAAAGGAGAAGGGCAAGCCUGUGGGCAACACCUUCGGUGAAGGCUUCUUCUGGACCGAGAUCAUCGAUGCCGCCGCGGAUGUUUACAAUGGGUUCGUUUUCUGGACCAUUGUGACUGGUCUCCCUGUGCUUGUAUGGUACUUCCCUCUUUGGCACAUGGGUAUUUCGGGCUAUGAGGUUGCGAUCAUUGCUGUCGUCUCGCCCUUCUUCUUCGUCAUCCCGUCUCUGAGACAGCUCGCGGUUAAGAACCUACGACUCCUCCAUCUGAUCUCGCUGUCCGGUCUUCUAGCCUAUAAGUUCCAGAAUCCUGCUCACCGUCUCUUCGUGACUGCCUUUGCUCUCGCAAUUACGUGUGCUGCAUGGACCGCCAGCUUCUUUGCUGAGCGUGCCAAUACGCCACGUCUGGAGGCCCGCAUCAUGGCCUGGGGUAUUGGUCUGGUCAUGUCUGUCAUUGCCAAGUUCGCUUGCUCGACUAACAACCCUCUCUGGCCCGUCAUGCACGCUGACAACGGUGGCUGGAACAAGAUUGGCCUGUUUAUCGCCAUCUUCGCUGUUCUGCGCUCUCAGCGCCCUACUACCACUAGUGGUGGUGAAUAUCUCCCCGCCGGUGGCAAGAAGGGCUCUGCUCUUCUAGCUGGUGUUGGCUUUGGCGGUCUUAUGUUUGCGAUCGUCUCGCUUUUAACGGACUCCAGUACUAUGAUCUCCUGGGUCUGGGAGGGAUACCCUGUCCGUGGCCCUAUCGCUGUGCCGCACGGUGCUGUGACGAUCUUCGUUAUGGGCGCUGGCUUGAUUUAUGGUAUUUUCCACCCUGCAGUCUCUGGUAGCUGGACGGCCUUCGGCCUUGGAUCUGUUGGUGCGGCUCUCCUUACCUGCUACCACCACUGGACUGGAUACUAUGGCGCCCUGAUUUUCGCUUUCUACAUUAUGGCCGUGGCUCAGGUUCUAAUCACUUCCUGCGUCCGCCACGGCCCUGCCAGCACUUUUGGCAUUGGCUUCCUCCUUUACGUCUUCCUCUUGCUCUUCCACGUCUGGGUCGUUGCCUAUGCCUUUGUUCCCGGGGGUCCGCUUGUCCGUGAGCACACUGACUGGGUCAUGAUCACCACCAUGCUCUCGGUCGGCGCUGGUGUAUUCUCGGCUGCGACCACCAACUCGACUCGCUCCCGCAAGAAGCCCAUCAGCCCCAACAGCAAGCGCCAGCGUUCGUACUACAUCUAUGUCCUGGCCGCGCUGCAGCUGCUCUCCGUCUCUGUGGCUUACCUUCGCUUCCCCACUAACGAUUACGUCCCCCACCACAAGGAGGACAAGGUCGUUACCGCCGGUAUCUGGACUGUCCACUUUGGACUGGACAACAACAUGUGGGCUGCCGAGCGCCGCAUGCGCGAUGUUCUUGGCGAGCUCGAGCUGGACGUGAUUGGCUUCCUCGAGUCCGAUAACCAGCGCAUCAUCAUGGGUAACAAGGAUGUCACUCAGUAUAUCGCAGAGGACCUCGGCUACUAUGCUGACUUCGGCCCGGGCCCCAACAAGCACACCUGGGGCGCCGCCUUGCUGUCCAAGUUCCCCAUUGUCAACUCGACCCACCACCUUCUCCCCUCGCCUGUCGGUGAGCUGGCUCCUGCCAUCCAUGCUACUCUUGACAUGUACGGCGAGAUGAUCGACGUUGUUGUCUUCCACUCGGGCCAGGAGGAGGAUCCUGAGGACCGUCGCCUCCAGUCUGAGUACUUGUCCAAGCUGAUGGGCUCGUCCCCGCGACCCUUGAUUCUGUUGAGUUACCUGGUCACCAAGCCGCUGGAGGGUAACUACAACACCUACGUCAGCGACGUGAGCGGCAUGAAGGACAUUGAUCCUACUGACUGGGACCGCUGGUGUGAGUAUGUUCUCUACAAGAAGUUGAAGCGUACAGGUUACGCGCGUAUCAGCCGUGACACUAUCACCGACACUGAGAUCCAGGUCGGCAAAUUCGUCAUUGGUGAGCCCGAGUCCGAGGAGGAAGUGCGCGUCCCGGAGGAGCUAGUCCCCGUUGGCCGGCGCUUCCCCGCGCUCUUCCGCGGCGAGGGUGUCCGCGGACACCGCUACCAUGUCUUUGACGAGCCCAGGUACUGGCAAUGA